GAUCAAUUGUGUUUCACAGCUGUUUUUUGUUUUGCUUCUAUUCCUUACCUUGAUUUUUAUUUAAAAUUGUUAUGUUAAAAAUAUGAUUCAUAUCCGAAGUUUGCAGUACAAAACUGCUUUAGUCCUUUAUCAGAAUCAUCAGUCUUCGAUAUGUGAGCGGGCUUUUUCUUGUGUUUCUUCAGCGAGAAAAAAAUUGGCUCCUGUCAGCACUAACAUUGUACCAAAUUCGCGUGUAUGGCAGUUACAACACCGCACGCUUUCAGAAGCCGCAAAUGCUUCCACUAUAGUAGCUGGGCAAGUUCAGUCACCGUUCGUGGGAAUUUGGCAUACACUAUCACAAAGCACACCAGUUGCUUACAUUCAGGAUGCAUUGACAGUGAUUCAUGAUUACAGCGGAUUACCUUGGUGGGCUUCUAUUGUUGCGUCCACCGUACUUUUUCGCACCGCAGUAACACUACCAUUAGCCAUAUAUCAAAAUAAAAUAAUGGCACGGCUGGAAUUAUUGACGUUGGAAAUGCCGGCGAUAGUUGCUGAACUGAAGAAAGAGGCUGCAUUAGCUAUGAAAAAGUUUAAUUGGACUGAAAGUCAAACUAGACUAGUAUACAAUCGGUCGUUGAAAAAACAAUGGAAUGCGCUGAUAAUUCGAGAUAAUUGCCAUCCAGCAAAAACAUUUAUUGUGCUGUGGGCUCAAAUACCUUUGUGGAUAUGCCAAUCAGUAGCAAUAAGGAAUCUUGUGCAUAUGAUGCCCGAUCCCACAUCAUUGCAGGCACAAAUUAUAUACACCGAAAUGACUAUUGGCGGCUUUGGUUGGAUACCAAAUCUAACCGAAGUAGACAGUUCUUAUAUAUUGCCUGUUUCACUUGGCUUAAUCAAUUUGGGUAUAGUAGAAAUGCAAACGCUAUUACGAAAUCGUCCUACAACGCGCUUGCAAAAAUAUGCGACAAAUGUGUUUCGAGUACUGACCAUUGCAAUGGUGCCAGUGGCUUGCUCUGUACCAUCGGUUCUUUGCGUUUACUGGGUGGCCUCUAGUAGUUACAGUUUAGUGCAAAACCUGUUGCUGGCUUCGCCUCCUGUACGACGUUCACUAGGUAUUAAACAAACGAAUUCGGAAAUAUCGAAUCCCUAUGAACGGAUAUGGGCUAGAAUGAAAACUUUAACAACGAAAGCAGAUCAAAAGUCGAAAGAGGAAUCUACAAAUGUCGCAAAUAAUGAACAAAAGUCGAAAUAGAAAAUUGGGUUUUAAGAUUAAAAUAUUUACUAAUUGCGCUAGAACUUUGUGUAUUUGUGUAAGUAAACAAAUUUUAAAUUAUUGAAAUAGUUCAAUGCAUUAAUUUUUUAAAUAGGUACGUAAUUUUGAGAAGUAGGUCUUAAGAAUAUAAAGCUACGAAUUUAUAAAAGUAGCUCAUCAUAUAAAAUUAACAGAUUAGAUGUGUUCUUUGUUAGAGAUGAAAAAAAAAAAACGAAUGCAAGAAUUAAUAAUACUUGAAGAAAACAUUUUAUAUUUAAAAACCCAACAACCAAGUAAAAGCAUGUAUGCAUAACAUUAUUUGGUUUGAUUGUGCAUUAACGAGCUACUAUUAGUUAUACUGAAUUCACCAUAAGACUUUCUACCAUUUGCUUUUGAAUUAAUUAACCAUUGGCACUCAUGGGGAAAAAUUGUAUCAGUUUAAUAGCCCAGCAGCCCCGAUUUGCGUUCGUAAAAAAACUUAUAAUAUGUCUCGAAAUAAAAUAACACAAAUAACCUAACAUAAAAUAAAUGCAGUAAAUCAUAACAGAAUAUAGUACACACAAUUCAACACGGCAUAACAUGGAAAACAUCAAUAACCAUGUUGCUUUUUAAUGUUUUGCAACUGAGAAGUGAGGCUUGGCCAAUUUUACUUCCUGUUUGUAAAUUGGCGCAAUGUAAAGUCAUUGUCAGAUGAAGCACAAAUUAUUUAUUAUUAAAUAUGUAAAAAUGUUUUCCACAAUUCAAUUCUUUCAACAAAUAUUUACUUAAAAAAUUGCUUAUACUUAAAAUAUACGCGUUAUUUAGCUCAAUGCAUUUAAAUCUCUCAAGCCGCUGAUAAGAAUGCUUUUGUUUUGGUGUGUAACAGAAAGGUCUAAAGAUUGCCACCAGCGAUAAUCGAUGUUGAUUAGUUGAUUUGGCUAUACUUAUUUAUAGGAUGUUUUGUUAAGUAUUUCUACAUAUGUACGUAUGUACAAUAGAUAGGUGCGCAUUUGUGCUAACAAAUAAACACUAAAAGUUUGCAUUUAGAACAUAUUACACUCACUUUGACUCAUGAUUGUUUAUACUUAGAACAAUCUUGUGAGUGCUCCUGCAAGCUAUCCCAUUCACGAAUGUAAAUAUAUGCACAUGUAUACAUAUAUAUGGGCUCGCAUUUGCUUGCGGGAACAUA